CAGUGCGCAUGCUCAGAUGACCUUAUACGGUUAGCGACGGGGAAUCUGACAGAUCAGCGGAGCCCACCUGCCCCUUAAUACCUUCAAAUAUUCCGCUCUCCUCGCCUCCACGGACAAACAUCUCGCUCGACGCGUCGGCAGAGUUGGAGUCUAACUUUUCGACGCCUGCGGCUGAAGGAAACGGCAAAGAAUGACGAGCAGCUCGAGGCGGAAAGAAGAGGGUCCUCUGCUGAACGGGGGAGUGAAACAGUCCACAUGGAGCAAAGCCUUCAACAGUAAUGCUGUGUGGGAAGAGAAGGACGAGUUUUUAGAUGUGAUUUACUGGCUCAGGCAAAUUAUUGCAAUAAUCCUCGGUGUGAUAUGGGGCGUUGCACCGUUGAAAGGAUUUCUGGGAAUAGCCAUAUUCUGCAUCAUCAAUGCCGGAGUCCUUUAUGUAUACUUCAGCAGCUUUCAGCAGAUCGAUGAGGAGGAGUAUGGCGGCACGUGGGAACUCACCAAAGAAGGCUUCAUGACUUCUUUUGCUCUGUUUCUGGUGGUGUGGAUAAUCUUUUACACAGCUCUACAUUAUGACUGAGACCAAUCCAUCGGACACUAAAUACAAACAUUUCUGUUGAAGCAAAUUGUCAAGACACAGGAACUCCAUGAACUGAUGGGGGUGUUGCCGCUCCCACACACAGUAUGACUAGUGUGCAGUGCAUCAUGGGAAUCCUAGUUUGAAUAACACGAUACUGCGAGACCACCGUGAUGAUCUUGUUCAAACACUGUACAUCUCUCUUUUUUUGAGUGUUCCCUGUUGAAGGGGCACUCUCUAGCACACUCCCCAUUUGUUAUAUUUUCUUCCUCACUUCAUUCUCAUCAUCUCUGACAAAAAAAAGUAAAGCAGUUCAGCUGAGAUUGGUGGCAGCUCAAUUAUUGCUGGAAGAGAAUGCUCUGUCUUGGUCAGCUCACUGCAGGGCCUAUCUUCUGCUUUAGAAGAAUAACAUGAUCACAGAUUUAUUUGACUGAAAAAACAACAACCUGUAUGUGUGUCCGUCCCAGUUUACUGCUAAUGAUCUUAAAUCACUGAAAUGACUGAAAAACAGAUUCUUGUCAAAUAGUCGUUACGAUUCAGUCAGUCCAUGAGUGUAGUAGUAGGUGUUACUGUUAAUGUAGGGACAAAAAUGCAUCAUAUCAGAUGUACUCAACUACCAGUAAGGGAAUAAUUAUAUGACUUCACAGUUGAAUUUCACAAAAAAUUAUGUAAAAAUGACAGUGAAGCACAUUAAAGGUUACUUAAGGUUAGCAGCUACAAUUUGUGUCUGGUUUCAAGGGUAUGAUAAAAAGAGUUGCCUUUUUAUCAUGAAUAUUAAUAGAUGAUUUUUUUUCUUCCUUUUUUUGCCCAUUAGGUAUAAUCAAAGCAUUUUUUAAUGAAAUCUGUCUUUGCACCAGGAUAUGGUGUUUAACUAUAUGUGAAAUAUGGUGGCUAACCUCAGCUGAGCGAAUGUUGACAUCAAAACAAAUGUUGGUUGUAAGAUGCACAGCUGACUUCCAGUCCCAAUGCCAGUAUCUGCGAGUAGUAUCCAUCCGCUGUAAUGUCAGGAACUAAUAACCAUCUUCAGUUAUCUGCACAUCCAAAUUAACUCUUUCAAGCCAAGAUGGAGGGAAAAUGCCUGUUGUGUUCAGAUGCAAAUGAUUCAAAGAUUUAAGCAAAAACCAGGCACUGCCAUGAUUAACUGUUCAGAAACCUAGAUGUAAUCCAUCAAUGGAAUUAGUUAGGAGGAUAGAAAGUAUUUAAUUUUAUUGUUUUUUCCUCACAUGUAGCUUCCCGAUCAAAGUCUUACCAGUUGUGGAAUUAAUUCAAACCUUUUUUUAAAUUCUGUAUGAUGUCACAUUUGUCAAAUCCACCUUGUAUUACAUAGAUUGAUUUGUACUUAUGUUAUAUCUUGUUUGAUGUAACAUAUUUCUCAGUAUUUUAAAGUGAAGAACUAUAAAAAAAAAAACAGGUCUUACAAUCUUAUUGUAAUUAUAAUGUUUUAUUAGAUACACAGCUGGUGUUUGAAAGGAUUGUAUUUUCUGAUCAAAUCUUUUGGGAAUCAUUAAACAUGGGCUUUAUUUGGCCUCCAUUUUCAAAGAGA